AUGGUUCCCUAUACGUUUAGAGUCUAUUCUCAGAGCAUUUUGCCUCCAAACCACAUUGUUCCUGAUGAGUAUACUAACAAGCGCCACUCGCCAGCAUUCGAACGCAACUUGACCGUUGAGCAAUUCAUCCGCCAAUGGUACCUUCGCGCUCGUAUGUCUCAGGAUCGACUUGGUAUCAAGCAUCCGUAUCCCCCAAUUGCUUCUGAGGCUAUGAACGUGCAAAACUGGCAGAGACCAACCAAGAUCUCCCGUCCGGAUGAUCACAAAGGACGCUAUUUUGAUAUCCAAAACAUUCCAUGGUCUUCGAAGUUGAACGUGGACAGAGCUGCUGCUCGUAGCUUACGGGACCAGUGGUAUACUUCUUACCAUAAUUUACGAUUUCAGCCCCAUGGUUAUGCCAUCACUCCGCGCAACACUGAGAAUUAUUUCAAAGCCAAGAACAUGUAUACCAAGUUCAAAGCCACAAUGGCUCAUUUUCAGCUCCGCAACCUCAUGUCUGUGAGAGCAUCCAACGUUGUGCAAUAUGUCUAUCGUAACAAGGUCUACUCUGUCACUCCGUUCUACGAUGUGCAAGACACUAUCCUUGAGCUUACCGAGUCGGUUUCUUCUAACCCUGUGGCUGAGCCUCUGAAAAUAUCUACCAUGAAGGCCAAACAUGGUGUGACUGUUGUCGGUGGUUUCAGUGGUGAAUACUCUUACAAGGGUGAAAUCCACGGCUACGACAAGGUUGAAGGUCGUAUUACGAAGCAUCUCAACGGCAUAACCAACCACAUUGACAUUGUUCAGCAUCGCACCAGCCACACUCCACAGGCCAUCAUUGCCUCUAACGAUAACUCCAUCCGCAUUCUCGACUGCGAGACAAACAAGUUCAUUGCAACCCACCGCUUUGCUCGCGCUAUCAACUGCACGGAUACCUCUCCAGAUGGUCGUCUUCGUGUAAUUGUUGGCGAUUCUGCUGAUUCCUGGGUUGUUGACAGUGAGACCGGAAAACCCGUUCAGCCUCUUGCCGGCCAUCGUGACUAUGGAUUUGCAUGCGCCUGGUCCCCCGAUAUGCUGCAUAUAGCCACCAGCAACCAGGACAAGACUGUCAACAUCUGGGAUGCCCGUAUGUGGAGAAUCCUCCAGACUCUUGACUCGGACGUUGCAGGCUACCGUUCCCUCCGUUUCUCCCCUGUUGGCGGUGGCCCGCGAACUCUGCUCAUGUGUGAGCCUGCAGACCGCUUCGUCAUCGUUAACGCUCAAAACUACCAGACCCGUCAAGUUCACGAGUUCUUUGGUGAAAUUGGAGGAGCAGACUUCACCCCUGACGGCGGCCGCAUUUGGCUCUCCAACAUGGAUUCUCGCUUCGGAGGUCUCAUGGAGUUCGACCGCAUUCAAUGGGGCCAGGAAUUCGGCAUUGGCCAUACUAGACGCGCCAAGAUCGAAGCCCGUGGUGAUGUCUACUAUCCAGACCUGCCUAAUGAAUGGCUCCCUGAAGCCGAAUUGGACGAUGAUCCACGCUGCGUCUUGAGUGCUAGCGAGCGUAGGAUCCGAUACUUGAGACUCAUGAGCGAUGCUGAGUUCUCAAGAUUCAAUAUUUAUUUGGGAUAA